UCAGUAUAGCAAUUCUUGAUUCUUUUUUACUGCAAAGAAGGACACACAAGAUUGUUCCUUUACUCGUUACUUGUCAACUGGUGGAAAAGCCAAAAAAAGUCCAAGUUUUGAUGUGGGAGCGUAAACGCCCCUUUAUGCUGCUCGGGGGAUAAAAACUUGUUCCUCAUAGUAUAGAAAUAAAAAAAGGGAGAUGGCUCCUGCAAGCAAGGCUGAAAAGAAGGCUGCAGUUGAUGCAGCUGCGUGGAUGUUCAAUGUGGUUACUUCAGUUGGAAUUAUUAUUGUCAACAAGGCCUUAAUGGCCAACUACGGCUUUAGCUUUGCGACUACAUUAACUGGGUUGCAUUUCGCCACAACUACUUUGAUGGCGGUUGUACUAAAGUGGCUCGGGUACAUCCAAGCUUCUCAUCUACCCCUUGCAGAUCUUCUAAAAUUUAUACUGUUUGCAAAUUUUUCUAUUGUUGGGAUGAAUGUCAGUUUAAUGUGGAAUUCAGUGGGAUUCUACCAGAUUGCAAAAUUGACUAUGAUCCCUGUGUCCUGCUUACUUGAAGUCUUUUUCGACAAGAUUCGUUAUUCAAGGAACACAAAGCUCAGCAUUGCUGUGGUUCUCUUAGGUGUUGCUGUCUGCACAGUUACCGAUGUGAGUGUUAAUGCCAAAGGGUUCAUUGCUGCCUUUAUAGCUGUUUGGAGCACUGCUUUGCAACAGUACUUUUCUUUGUGUGCAGUAUGUCAUUACCUUCAAAGGAAAUACUCGCUAACUUCUUUCAAUCUGCUGGGACAUACUGCACCAGCCCAGGCUGCAACUCUGCUGUUAUUAGGCCCGUUUUUGGAUUAUUGGUUGACGAACAAGAGGAUCGACCAGUUUAGCUACAAUCUCCCAUCUUUGCUGUUCAUAAUUCUUGCAUGCAGUAUAGCCGUAGGCACCAAUCUCAGCCAGUUCAUCUGCAUUGGCAGAUUCACUGCUGUCUCAUUCCAAGUGCUUGGCCAUAUGAAAACGAUCCUUGUUUUGAUACUGGGAUUCAUGUUCUUCGGAAAGGAGGGUCUAAACAUACAAGUGGUAGUUGGCAUGAUUAUCGCGGUUGCUGGAAUGAUAUGGUACAGCAAUGCAUCAACAAAACCUGGUGGGAAAGAACGUCGUAGCCAUUCAAUUAAGCAUGGAUCGGAUUCUACCCAACUUGAUGACAAAGUGUAAGAAUUUUGACAAACUUAAAAAGCUGAACAGAAGAGACAUAGAAAAUACCGGGAUUUUUAGUCGGCUGACACUAGAUGCGCCUCCCAAAUCCAGCCAGUUAGAUUAUUCUUA